AUACAUUUCUCUUGUGAACUUCAAUGGUUUGAUGUAUAAAUAAACAAUAAUUCAAAACUAAUAAUAACUGGACCAAAUAUUGUUCAUGUUAGUUACGUGCAUGAUCUACUUAAAUCACUUAAUGUGUUGUCAAUUAAUAAUUUCAAGUUGGCACGGUGGAGAAUGGAUUCAUAAUUUUCCAACCUCCAAACAAUAAUAAACAAAUAGCAAAAUUUAAAAAACAUGUACCGGCUUUCGAGUUAUGGGUAUAAAAAUAUUUUUAACAUGGCAUUUAAUAAAGAGAUAUUUAUGUUAUCAAGAUAUUAUCGAAAUAUUGUAUAUUCACGCUAUUAUUCAAGCAGAAAGCAUCAUAAAAAUUCUGAACAAAUUAGAAAAGAAUUUAUUGAAUACUUUACAAAUGAUUUGAAUCAUACAUUUAUCCCUCCUAGUCCUGUUAUACCUUGGUGUGAUCCUUCGGUAUCAUUCAUUAACUCAGGGAUGAAUCAAUUCAAAGGCAUAUUCCUGGGUGAACAUGAUCCUCCUGCUUUAAAAGCAGUUAAUUAUCAAAAAUGUAUAAGAGUUGGAGGAAAACACAAUGAUUUGUCUGAUGUUGGAUUUGAUUCUUAUCAUCAUACUUUCUUUGAAAUGCUUGGAAAUUGGUCUUUUGGAGUUUACGGUAAAGAAGAAGCUUGCAAAUAUGCCUGGACAAUUUUGACUAAUUUAUUUAAAAUUGAUAGAAAUCAUUUAUAUGUUACUUAUUUUGGAGGUGAUGAAUCAUUAAAUUUAAAAGCCGAUCUUGAAUGUCGAGAUAUCUGGUUAAAGCUUGGGAUUCCUGAUAAUCGAAUAUUCGCAACUGGUAUAAAAGAUAAUUUUUGGGAGAUGAAUAUUGCUGGGCCUUGUGGUCCUUGCACUGAAAUUCACAUCGAUACAUCUUUACAAGCUAGCGAUAAAACCUCAACUAAACAAAUAAACCUUUCGAACUUAACGGAACUUUGGAAUAUUGUAUUUAUCGAACAUCAAAGACUGACAAAUGGUUCUAUUGUGCCUCUCGAUAAACAGUUUAUCGAUACAGGAAUGGGUUUUGAAAGAUUGGUGGCUGUACUUCAGGGUAAAAAAUCUAAUUAUGAUACGGAUCUUUUCCAACCCCUUUUUGAAGCGAUCCAUAAAAGUACAAACGCUCCUAAAUAUAGUGGAAAAUUUGGUACUGAAGAUGAAAAUAAAAUUGAUACUGGUUACAGAAUAUUAGCUGAUCAUGGGAGAAUGAUUACUGUUGCUUUAGCUGAUGGUAUGAUUCCUGAGAAGAAUCACAAACUUCGGAGAAUUUUGAGAAAAGCAAUCCUUAUUGGUAAUGAAACAUUUCGAAAAAAUAAUUUAUUACAUACAUUGAUACCUUAUGUCGCAGAAAGUCUUGGCAAUACUUACCCGGAGAUAAUUAAAAAUUUAAAGCAGAUUCAAACUAUUAUUGAAUAUGAAAGCAAUCUUCUAGAUUCUUUACGUAGUUCUUCAGAAGAAUCAUGGAAGAAUUUAGUAAAGAUUAAACCAUCGUUAGCUAAUAUCAGUGACCCAUAUGCUCCUGGUUUAAUUAAAGCUUUUAAAGAAUUACAAACGACUCUUAAAAAUAAUCCUAACUUAUCUGUAAUAUCAGGAGAAUUAGCUUUUAAAAUGUAUGAUACAUAUGGUCUAGACAUAGAAGCAAUGGAAGAGCUUGCUGAAAUUGAACAACUUUCACUAGACAAGCAAGGUUUUGAUGAACAUUUGAAAAAUGCAAGAAUUCGAUCUAGAAUAGGUAUAGAGAAAUUCAAACGAAUGAGUGUAUCUCCAGAAUGUUUAGAGCAGUUGAAAAAUUCUAAUGUGCCGAAAACAAAUGAUUCUUACAAAUAUCAAUAUACUUUUGAUGGACAUCCAUAUGAGUUUCCAUAUGAAUUUCCACCAUUGGUAUCAAACAUAGUUGGAUUAAUAGUAAAUGGUAAUUUUCUGUCUGAAUCUUCCUUGAAGCUAGACAGUAAUAUUUUGAAAUCAACUGAGGUUGGCCUGGUGCUUGAUAAAACAUCACUAUAUGCUUUUGGAGGAGGUCAAUUAUCAGACCGAGGAAAUAUUUUCGUAAAAGAUACAUCUUUAACAGUUGUUGAUGUUCAGAAAUUAGAUGGCUAUGUUGUUCAUCAAUUGACUAUUGAUGAAUUAGAAAAUAAAAAUGUAGAAAUAGAAUUGUGCGUUGGAGAUGACGUAACCGUUACUAUUGAUCAAAAAUAUAGAACUAAUUUAAUGAGAAAUCAUACAGCAACACAUUUAUUGAAUGCAGCUUUGAGAGCUACAUUUCCAGCAAUCGCACAACGUGGAAGUAUUGUCAGAGACCAACAUUUAGAAUUUAAAUUCACUAAUUUUGGAGUAAAAGUCUUACCUGAACAUUUGGAAAGAGUAGAAAAGUUGGUUAAUGAUUGUAUAGAUGCAGAAAUACCAGUUGAAUCGAGACCUGUUGGUGUAUUCCAAUUUUUGGCUGAAAAAGACUUAACUCUCGUUCCAGGUGAAGUUUAUCCUGAAAAAGAGCUACGAAUAGUUGAAAUCAAUAGUGAUGGUUUAAGAUCCAAAGAAGCAUGCUGUGGAACUCAUGUACAUAAUACGAGUGUUUUACAUCAAUUUUCCAUUAUUAAUUUUGUUUCGAAAGGCGCUUCGAAUCAUAUAAUAAAAGCUGUCACAGGAGUAAACACUCCCUUAAUCGAUGCUCAAAAACUUUCAAACAGUAAUUUGAAUUAUUUAGCGAAUGUUACAACAAAAGAUGAUAAAAAAGAAAUUAUUAUGUCAUUUGUUAGGGCAGAAAUGGCCAAAGCCAUGAAUGCCAGAACAGAUCCUUUCAUUGUAUACUGUCUUGAUUCAAAUGACAUUAAAGUGGAAAGUGUACCUCUUCAAAUGGCAUUUGAAUUUUGUAAAGAUUUACCAGUUUUCUUGAUUUUAAAAUCAAGAAGAAAAGUUAGAGCUCGAUGUGUUGUUCCAGAGGAAUAUCAAACGGCUGAUUUUAAUGCUCAUUUAUGGAUGGAAGUUAUUAAAAAAGAAUUACCAAUACAAUUGGGUUCAUUUGAUGACGAAAAUCCUUUACAUAUCAGCCACACUAAAGCUUUAAAGCUUCCAGCUGAUAAGAUUACGUUAAUGACUGAAAAUGCGAUAAAAGAAGCUAAAUUAUUUGCCUUAAAACAUGUAAAAAAUGAAAAAAAAAUAUCUCAAUCAUAAAGGAUGUCUAUCAACAAUUCAAUAUCCAAGAUUACCA